AUGUUGCGUGCAAUCACCUUCGUGCUUUUGGCUUUGCCGUUGGCAUUAAGCACGUUUUGCCCGGAGGGCUCCGUGGAAUAUGGAGACAAUUAUGAGUGCAUCUUAGCUGUCGAUGCAGACGCUACCUACGACAGCGCGCAAAAAACAUGCCAGGCUCUCGGCGGACACCUUAUACAGCUGGGAGACGCUUUCGAAAAUGCCUUCGCCAACUCGCAAAAAACGCAAGUUUUGGGAGGGCAAGAGGCAUUCAUCGGGGUCAAGCGCACUGAUGGCAUGUGGAGGUAUGCUGACGGAUCAAAUCUCACCUAUGCUAAAUGGGCUGACGCUCCGCCGUGGCAGAUUGGUGAGGACUGCGGAAUCCUCCGAAGCACUGAUGCGUACUGGGACGCUAGGCCAUGCGCCACGCGGCUGCCGUUUAUCUGCAGUUUUGGCGACCACGCUUGCCCGGAAGGUUGGCAUCGCUACAAGGAAACCGGCGAUUGCUAUUACACGCCGAUGGGCAUAGCCUGGACUACUUGGAGAAACAUCACGUUUGAUCUCGGCGAAUACAUCUGCAGUUUGCUCUAUCGGGCAAACCUCGUCUCGAUACACAGCGAGCAUGAGAAUCAGUUUGUGCAGAACUUGACUGCGAUAGCCAUGGCAAGUUUCCCACACCAUUGCUCCUACUACGAAACAGUCAUCGGACUUAACGUAACGACUUGGACCGACGGCUCCCCGUUCGACUACGACCUCCGCGUUCUAAACACGUCGUCUACCUUUGCGCUCAGGGAUCCGGCCUGCGGCAGCCCCUAUUGGGAGGGUGCGUCGUAUAACGCAGCUCACAGCAGCUUCAUGUGCAAAAACUCGCAAAAGACGCAGGUCCUUAAAAACCGUGAUGUCUACAUCGGAGUACGACGCCAAGACGGGACCUGGAAGUACGGCGACGGGUCGAUGAUGAAUUUCACGAAAUGGCAGGGAAGUCCUCCGACGCAGGUGGGUUACGACUGCGGGAUCAUGCAAGCGACAACCACCUACUGGACCGCAUCCCCAUGCACCACCAAAAGGCCAUUCAUCUGCAGCUUCAGCGACCAUCGCGCCACCUACGGAACGGCAGGACGAAUUUGUUCACUUGGCGGUCGUCUCAUCCAGCCGAUGAGCAACGACGAGAAUCUGAUGGCCGGGCUGCAGAAUGCGGCGGAACUUGGAGGACAGGCGACGUACAUAGGUGUGGAACGUAUCGAUGGCACGUGGUAUUACGCUGACGGAACGGAAUUGAAGUAUCAGAAUUGGAAGAGUCCGGCCGAGAUCAACAACCCCGAUCACGGAUGUGUCGUCCUGAACAGCUCGGACUUCUUCUGGUACUCUGCUGAUUGCCUCGGCAAGCGAGCCUUCAUCUGCACGACGCCAGAUCAGGCUCGAGUUUGCCUGCCCGGCUGGACGUACUUCCCGAUGACCGGCUACUGCUACUACACCCAAAUGGCGAUGAACUGGAACCCAACCCCUCAACUCAACUUCACCACCGCCGAAGCUGUCUGUGCCAAUGAGGGCUCGCAUCUAGUGUCGAUUCACAGUGACGCGGAGAACCAGUUCGUUGCUGACCUGCUCUCUUCGGCGAUGUCUACCUAUCAACACGACUGCGACGCCCGCCUUCAAACAGUCAUCGGGCUCAGCCAUAGCAAAUGGACCGACGGCAGCGCAUUCGACUACAACACUGGGCUGGGAAUGGCUGAUUCUUAUGGGAUGAGCGACCCUGCCUGCCAAAGCACCUCUUGGAGCGGCUGGAAUGCUACGCAACUCUACGCGAACUACGUCUGCAAGAAGAGAGCCCACAUGUUGACGGCUUUU